UCUCCUAUUUCUAUAGGAAACAUUUGUCGCUCUCCAAUAGCUGAAGCAGUUUUUAGAAAACUUGUAACUGAUGAAAAAGUUGAAAAUAAGUGGAGGAUAGACAGUGCAGCAACAUCAGCCUAUGAAAUAGGAAGCCCUCCUGACUAUCGAGGACAGGCUUGCAUGAAGAAGCAUGGCAUUACCAUGAAUCAUAUUGCCAGGCAGAUUACAAAAGAUGAUUUCCAGACCUUUGAUUAUAUACUUUGUAUGGAUGAGAGCAAUCUAAGAGAUCUGAAAAGGAAAAGCAACCAAGUUAAUGACUGCAAGGCCAAGAUUGAACUACUUGGUACAUAUGAUCCACAGAAACAACUUAUCAUUGAAGAUCCAUACUAUGGAAAUGAAAAGGACUUUGAAACUGUUUACGAGCAGUGUGUAAGAUGCUGUAAAGCAUUUUUGGAGAAGUCUCAUUAAUGCUUCAUCAUUUUUAUUUCUAAAAAAGCAAUUACCUUCUCCUGAAACGUAUAAGAUUUACUAGAUUGAUGUAUUUAAAUUG